AAUGUCAAAAUUUGAAGUGGAUUCUGAUGGAUUUCAAAUUGUAAAAUCAAAACAUUCAUUCAAAAAACCUUCAAAAUUACCAGAUAAAUCAUUAGAUGAUGAAAAACUUUACAAUAUAAAUAAAGAGAAAUUGAUAAAGCAAAUAGAAGUUGCUGUGGAUUGUAUGAAAGGCUCAGAAUAUUUUGAAGACGCAAUUAAGUCUGUAAGUACAGUAGUACUUGAUAAACCAGUAGCAGAAAUAAUUUGUCUGGGGCUUGGCCACAUUUAUGCGUGUAAUGUUUCUAAAAAUCAGUUAGCAUUUUUGCUGUGUCUGAGAGACUUUUGUAAGCCCAAGAGAGUACUAGUACAUGAUCCAAUAUUUUUCAAAACUGAAUGCGAAGUACUACAACAUUUUGGGCUUGAAGUUAUACCAGAAAAUAAUGAAGGAAAUUACAUAAUUUCUGAAAAUGAUUAUACCAUAGCUUAUCUACCUCACUGCCCUAAACAGCUAACAAACAACUUUUUAUGGGCUAAUUGGGAUUUAAAGCUGCAAAACUGCAUGAUAAUAUGCAACAGUUUUAGCUCUCUGAUUGAAAAUAAUCCUAGUCGGUUAUUAUUAGAGACUGUCCCAUACUUACAUAAAAUAUACCCAUUUACAAGCGAAAUUGUGUUGCAAAACAACUAUACCCUAUCAAAUGUCUUUAACGAUACAUCUAUCCACUAUUUCCCUAAAGAGAAAUUAGUGACAAUCCCUGCAGAAUUUUGGCAAAAAGGCAGCAAACCUCAUUACAAUAACACAGAAGAAUUUAUUACGUCGCUGAUGGUAGAAAAGCUGAACAUUUGAUUUGUUUGAAGGUCUGAAUCAUGGCAUCGAUUACUACAAAGCCUGCACUAGUGACCUUGAGGCAACUACUGUCAGAACUACGAAAGCAGAGUUCAACGAAGAGACUGGCCGAGAACCAGAUGGUACAGUACAUAUUUAGCCAGUACCGUAAAUACCAGACUACCGAUCAACAACUCUGUAAGGCAGCGGAAGAAAUGCACUAUAAAGCCAAAACCUACUUCAACUAUUUACAUAAUUCUAGAAUGUAUAAAGAGAUCAACGUGGAAUUCAAAGGUAAAGGGGAAAGGUCCGUAGAGGAAACGGCCAAGAUGGUUGGAUUCAAGUUACCCCAUGACCCGAAACCGUAGAUAAUUUUAAUUUAAUAGAAUAUUACAUAUAGUUAUUGUAAAUAGCUAUCUCUAAAUAUUAUGUAGUACAAAGCCUUUGUUUUGUUGUUAUAAAUAAAACACAAUAAUAAAAUAAAACAAGUUUUUUAAUUAACAAUACAGGGUUGUAAAAAGACCCAGUGAAACUGAGCAUAAUAUUAUUUACCUUUUGUUCCACCAAUAAUAUAAGUUGCAAAACUGAUUUUUCUAGCAAUUAUAAUUGAUUUU